AUGGAUGACGACGAUAUGUUCGACUGGGGCAGCAUCUGGCCCGACUUGUUGGAAGAACAAUCAUACGCUACCGGUUUUCGUUUCUACCCUACUGAUUCUGAACUCAUCCUUCAUUACCUCUCCAACAAAGUUGCCAAUCGCCCUGUGGAUCUCGCCGCCCCAAUUUUUGACGUCGACAUUUAUCAACACCAUCCCCUCCAACUUUCCGAGUGGUAUAGGGACCCUCGAAUAAAGGAGCUGUAUUUUUUCACUCCGAGGAACAAGAAGUAUCCAAAUGGGCACCGACCGCAGCGAGUAGCCGACAAUGGGUAUUGGAAGGCUACCGGAGCCAACAAGCCCAUUCUAGACAAUGGUGCAGUCAUUGGGUACAAGAUAACUUUGGUUUAA